AUGCUUCAAUUAAUAAACAUCCCAGUUCAAAAUGAAUUAAAGUUCUUAUUCAAAGAAUAUUUAAAAUUAAUUAAAUGUAGAUUAUCAUAUAUAAAAUAUAUUCAUAAAACUUUAAAAUUUGAUGAUUUAGAAAUUAUGAAUAAUUAUAGUUCAUUACUUAAUAAAUUAGCAAGCAUUCAAAUGACACUAAUUAAAUCAGUUGGUGCUGGAUCUACAUUGAGUUAUAAUUUUAAAUUAUUAUUUAGUUAUUAUGAAGUUAAAGUUCGAGAAUAUAAUUUUGAAUUAAAUUAUAAAAAAUUUACAACUUUAAGUUAUAAAGUUGGUUGUGAUAAUACUGAUGAUGAUGACGAGAUGAAUGAUUCUGAUAUUAGAUUGGUUGAUUUAGAAUUACGAGUUUUUAAUCUUAUUGCUAAUUAUGUUGAAAGGGUUGAGUUUAAUGUUGAUGUUAAUAGAGAGCAAAUUGUUGAUUUUAAUGAACAUGAGCAAAAUGUUUAUUCUGGCUUAUUAUAA